UCCGGAUCACCGGCCCCAGUGAAGGAUCAGCAACCUGUUUGUGUUGGCUGGCGGUGGGGACUGAUACGUCCCCCCUCCUCCCCCCACCCCACCCCAUCCCUUCCUCUCUCUCUUCCCCAUCCCCUCCCACCACCCCCUCUCACACUCUCUUUCUCUCUGCCACUGUUCCAUUCACUCAUUCUCACGCACACAAACACACAUACACAUACAGACGCGCGCCCGUGCACACACACACACACACACACACACACACACACACACACACACACACACACACACACACACACACACACACACACACACACACACACACACACACACACACACACCAGGGACACCAACACCAAAGACUCGUUCACCGAGUAAUUAGCAAAAGAAAUUCGGGAUACAGCAAUUAGUGGAACUUUGGUUCAAAGAGUGUUUAGUCGGUGCCUCCCCCCUCCCCUCCCCCCCUGGUGACGGGGUUCCUGGGGGCGGGUGCAGGUGUUAGGUAAUCACCCCCCACCCCCCACCAUUAUCCUGCCCCCCCUCCCUCUCCUACACACCCCACCUGCCACCACCCCCACCUACCUCUUCCUGCCACCACCUAAGACACUGCCACCACCUAAGACACUGCCACCACCUAAGACACUCGACUACUAUCAGAUUUCCUGUUCAAUUUCUUCCUGUUCUGUUUUUUUUCUUAACUCUGUUGCUGCUGCUGUUGGUUUCUCUCACUUCUGUAUUGCCUCCUCUCGCCCUACCUGGCUGCCUCCCCUCACCCUGCCUGGCUGCCUCCCCUCGCCCUGCCUGGCUGCCUCCCCUCACCCUGCCUCCCCUCGCCCUGCCUCCCCUCGCCCUGCCUCGCUGCCUCGUCACUGCCGCCUCGAUGUUCGAAGUAAUGUCUGGCGGCGGGGAGUCGGCGCCCGAGGCCAAGGCGCCCACCAACAACAACAACAUCGUAGGCGCCUACAACAUGAACGGGAGCGUGGGGCUCUCCCUCACCCCGUCCAGUUCCCUCCCCUCCCCUGAACCAGGUACAAAGUCCCCCUCCCUGCCGCCCACGCCCACUCACAGCCAGCUCCUGAAGCCGCCCACGCCCAUCAGUCAGUCUGUCCUCCACGGCGUCACGCCAGUCUACCGCUCGUGGCACCCCCACGUGUACGACGCCUGCCCCAAGGCGCCCACCCCCCACAGAAUCUCCGAUAUCCUGGGGUGGGAGAUGUGUGGCAGGAACGACGAGCCCCUGAACCUCACCACGCGACCCCCAGACGCCCACCUACACGCUAAAGGUGGCGCCGGGGACCUGAAGGCUGGCACUAAGCGGAAGAAGGAGAGCGGCGAGAUCUCCCCCGGACCUGGGUCGGCGGGGGAGGCGGACGGCGCCAACGACCGCAAGAAGAAGAAGGCGAGGACCACUUUCACCGGACGCCAGAUCUUCGAGCUUGAGCGGCAGUUCGAGCUCAAGAAGUAUCUGUCGUCCUCAGAGCGCGCCGACAUGGCCAAGCUCCUCAACGUCACCGAGACCCAGGCAUUAGAAGCCAACCAAAAUGCUGACGUCAUAUGCACAGCUUCUGGGAAAGCAUUUGAUAAAUGUGACCGCGGAUUAAUAGCCUAA